AUGAGUUUCUUUAAGCGUGAUGUAACAUAUAAUGGUAUGGACUGUUUGAAAGAUGUCAACAUGCCAGCAUACGAAAGUGCUCACAUGCAACUGCAAGCUGAAGUUCCUUGGGCAGAUCAAACCAAUUACGCAAAGUACACAGUUUAUUUUGGAGUGGUCAUAAUAUUUAUUGCAUUUGUUAAAAAUAUAUGGUACAGAUACCUGGAUUAUACUUACAAAAAGAAGUCGAAGGGUGGGAAUUCAUUUGUCAAUGUAUUGGCUUCAUAUUUUAGGUUUGUCGGAUAUAAACAAGUUCCAGGAAAAAUAUGCUAUUAUACAUCGUUGCCAGCAUCGAUUGGAUCUACACUCUUUUUAAUGGCAUCUACUAUCUAUUUAUUUUGUUACUGCUUGGUACCACAUUUUUGGUACAGGGGAUGCCGUGGGUUUGGUUCACCUCCAUUAGCUGUGAGGGCAGGAAUAAUGGCAACAGCAUUGACUCCAUUCGUAUAUGUGUUAUCUGGAAAGUCGAAUAUGAUUACGUUUUUAACAGGCAUAAGUUAUGAAAAACUUAACGUAUUUCACCAAUAUGUUGGUUUUGCAGCCUUUGUGUUGUCGGUAAUCCAUACAAUUCCCUUUAUUUACCAAGAUAUAAGAGAAGGUGGAGCUGCGAACUUACAUAUUAAUUUCACCUCGGACUUUGCCUACUAUAGUGGGAUUCCACCUUUGAUCUUACUUGGAUUAUUAUGUGUGUUGUCAAAAGCAUGGUUCAGAAAAGUUUGCUAUGAAGGAUUUCUUCAUUUACAUUGGAUGUUUGGAAUUGCGUACUUUGGUACAUUGUGGUGGCAUAUUGAUAAUACUUUGGGAAUGCAAGGUUACAUGUAUGGUGCAUUAGCAUUUUGGGCAACUCAAAUCAUAUAUCGUAUUUUAGUCAAAACUACAUUCAGACCUAAUUCUUUAUUCAUGAAACCAAGAAGGGCUGAAUUGAGUAAAUUAGGCGCCGAUGCAUAUGAAAUUUCUGUCACUGGAGAACAUCUUAAAUGGAAGCCUGGCCAACACUGCUUUCUUAGGUUUGUUGGCACGAGAAUACUCGACAACCAUCCAUUUUCAGUAUGCUCGAUAUUGAGCGAAGAUAAUAGAUUGAAAUUCAUAGUUAUUCCAAAGAAAGGGUUGACUAAGCAGUUACAUGCUGAAUUAGACAACUAUGCAAUAACGAACAAGAAAGUAUUCUUAGAUGGUCCAUACGGAGGUACAGUAAGAGAUUCAUCGUCAUUUGAUAAUACCAUAUUAAUGACAACUGGAAGUGGUGUAACAGCCACAUUACCUUUUUUAUCCACGAUUGCUAAUGAAAUUCAACAAGCAAAGAAAGAUAAUAAGCCAUUAAUAUGCAGAAAAAUAAACUUCAUCUGGAUCAUUCGUCGAUAUGAGGACUUGAGCUGGAUAGAGACAGAGUUAAAUAGAUGUCUUGGAAUUGCCGGAGAUUACAUACAUGCCGAUAUUUACGUAUGUCAAGAUGGAAAUGAGCAACAACAAACUUCUCAAGAAAUCAAAGCAAGUAAGAGUUCGCUGGAGAUUGAGAAAACCAUAGAAGCAAGAAGCACAGCAAGCGAUGGUAUCAAUUUGCACUAUUUCAAGCCAUACAUACCUGACAUUUUGUUCAAUCUUUCUCGCACACUUGGAAGACGAAACAUGGUAGUAUGCUCUGGUAGUGAUUCUACAAAAAAUGAGACAUCCCGUACCAUAUCCAGCUUACAAGCUCUAAUUUUCAACAACGAUAUCAAUAACCUAGGUAUCGAAGAAAUUUAUCUUCAUACAGAGUCUUUUGGCUGGUAG